GAAUGAUCCAUGACCCCUCUACACAAAUGGACGGAGAUGGAACGAUUGAAAACCCAUUUUUUAUUCCGAGAAGAGAGCCUCUUUUAACCAAAUCUAUUUGUUGUUAUCUGAAUUGUGGGCUCCUAUUCAUGUCCUAGACUUCAAACUUCUGUCCCUUCAGGUUUAUGAAUAAUUGUAGAAAAAUUAUGCAAAUUAAAGACAAGAAUGCCAGUGCCGGCUUGCGUGAUUAUGGCAUCCUUUUUACUUAACUAAAAUCCAAAUCCCUCUUGCUUUCUGUUUCUGGGUCACGACUUUCACAUGAAGUCCGGCUCAAAACACUUUCAGUUACUGACUUUUGAUGAUUUUCUGAUCAAACUUCAGUUUUACUGAGUGGAUAUAUUCUUUUUUCUGGGCUCUUUAUUAGCCUGAUGAUUUCUUAAAUGCAAUUCAAUCAUUGAAUACUUAAGCAGCCGUGGAAAUUUACUCCAUCUGGGCUUGUUUGAUACAUUCAAUGCUAGUCAAAUUCAAAUAGUAACCCACUUGGAAAAUCACUAUUUUUAACGCUUCUGAGUUUGUUGUAACUGAUAAAUCUGAGUUUUAUUUUGUGGGUUUGUGGAGUUCGAUAAUUUGAAGUAGCUGUUGAUGAGGGGUUGAGUUGGUCUCCACACUUGAGAUGAAUUUAAGGCAAACCAGUGGGAACGGUAGAAACAUAGAUGUUACAAAGAGCAGAGUUGCUGUUGCAGUUAAGGGGUCCAAUGAAAUUUCAAGAACUGCUUUGAAAUGGGCUUUAACUCAUUUGGUUCAACCAGGGGAUUGUAUUAGGCUGCUCAUUAUCAUUCCGACUCACACCGCAAGUAAAAAACUAUGGGUUUUCCCAAGUUUUAAUGGUGAUUGCUCAGCUGCCCAUUCGAGAUCAUUGCCAGGAACAUUUCUGGAUCAGAAAGACUAUAUGACAGAUUUGUGCAACCAGAUGUUGUAUCAACUCCGUGAUAGUUAUGAUCCAGAUAAGGUAAUUUUCAAGAUGAAAGUCGUUUCCAGGUCAAAAGAUGGAGUGGUGGCUUCUGAAGCCAAGAGAGCUCAAGCACAGUGGGUUGUUCUGGACAAAAAAAUGGAAAAAGAAGCAAAUUUUUGCAUGGAACAGCUUGACUGCAAUGUUGUAGUAAUGACAAAGUCUCAGCCAAAGGUGCUUAGGUUAAAUUUGAUUGAAAAACCUAAGAUGGAAACUGAGGUUCUGUCCAGAUCGAAUUUGUGGAAAACAACUAGGGUGCCAAAUGUGACUCCAGCCUGUAGCCCAGAACACACAUCAUUGACCUCUACUGAUGUUGGGAGAUCUUCAGUCACAAGUUUAGACCAAGGAUCCUCUCCAAGUUUCAUUUCUAAAAUAAAUUGGGAUCAGAAGGUCAAGGAGAUUUUACCGUUUACAGUAAGGAACUAUGACUAUGACGUAUCCAACACUGAUUCGGACAGUGAAACCUCGACUUCUCCUUCAACAAGUAUAUGUUCUCAGCAAUGGAUGGAAGAUAAUCUCAGUUCUGCAGAUGAUUAUCCAAAGCAUUUGAAAAACAGUUUACAAACAUCAGAUUAUAGAACCCCAAAUUCUAUGUCCGAUGCUUAUCACGGAGAAUUUUCUGGAGUUGAUAAAAUAUCUGGACGAGAGCCAAAAGAUAAGGAUGUAAACAUGUACACGAACAUGAGAAAUCUGAUAUCAUUAAGCAAAAAUGCACCCCCCGACCCUCCUCCACUUUGUUCAGUAUGUCGGCACAAAGCUCCUGCAUUUGGAAAACCUCCAAGGGCAUUUUCUUAUGCUGAGCUCGGCCAAGCUACUGAUGAGUUUUCUCAAGCUAAUUUUUUGGCUGAAGGUGGAUAUGGUUCUGUACAUCGUGGAGUAUUACCGGAUGGCCAGGUCAUAGCUGUCAAGCAACAUAAAUUGGCCAGUAGCCAGGGUGACCGUGAAUUUUCCUCAGAAGUGCAAGUCUUGAGUUGUGCACAGCAUCGUAAUGUUGUAAUGCUGAUUGGAUAUUGUGUGGAGGAUCAAUGGCGGUUGCUAGUAUAUGAAUUUAUCUGCAAUGGAUCUUUGGACUCUCAUCUAUAUGGACAUAGUCAUGAUCCCUUAGACUGGUCGUCACGUCGAAAGAUUGCAAUUGGAGCUUCUCGAGGUUUGAGAUACCUUCAUGAGGAGUGCAGAGUUGGCUGUAUAGUCCAUCGUGAUUUGAGGCCAAACAAUAUUCUCCUCACUCAUGAAUUUGAGGCGUUAGUUGGAGACUUUGGACUAGCAAGAUGGCAGCCAGAUGGAGAUUUGGGUAUGGAGACAAGAAUAAUAGGUACAUUUGGGUAUUUGGCUCCGGAAUACGUACAAAGCGGCCAAGUCACCGAAAAAGCUGAUGUAUACUCCUUUGGUGUUGUAUUGAUGGAACUGGUCACAGGAAGGAAAGCUAUAGACAUAACUCGGCCGAAGGGCCAGCAGUGCCUCACAGAAUGGGCACGCCCUUUGUUAAAAGAGAAUGCUGUUUCAAAACUAGUCGAUCCACGCCUAAGAGACUGUUAUUCGGAGCAAGAGGUUCAGGACAUGUUGCGUUGUGCUUCCCUGUGCCUUCAACAGGACCCUCAUGCAAGGCCUCGAAUGUCUCAGGUGCUGCGGAUGCUGGAAGGCGACAUUUUCAUGGAAUGAAACGUUAUAACUUUUGUGUCCCAAUAUUUGAAUUUUGUUAAAUGAAACUCAUCGUUGUCGACUGGCUUUGGGAGGAAAACCUCUGCAUAAAACAAGGAAGGACAGCUGAACAAAGGCCAAUUUUCAUACUGCAGAGACAAUCUGCUACAUUGAAUUUUUCUUUCUGAUUUUCUCCAGCAGGUUAAUGCUUUAAUUGUUGUGUAGUUUUGUUAAAGAUAGAAAUAGAGAUUCAUUUUGAUUUCUUGCUUUUUGGUUAUGGCCUUAAAUGAACUGUAAUAUAUCAUAUUUGUGGUUUCUUUCAAACUAUUUCAGGUUUUAUAUUUCUACUGUUGUUUGAAUUUAGGAGUGGAACAUUUUGUUAUAUAAAUUUGGGGUCACUGAUCUUUCUGCGAA